AUGGCAAACCUUGACUCGAUCCAUCUCCUCUCUGAGGCAGCAUUUGGCUGUGAGCAUCUGGCCACCGUCUUGAAGAAUGGCCAGACUGCAGGCCAGUUCAAAGUUAGCUUUCGGAAGCUGUAUGAUUCGUUGGCUCCAUACACCAAGCCAGAGCCGGUGGCGGUUCAGACUACCGGCCUGCGCACUGUAUCGUCACUGAAACCCAAGUAUCACUGUGUCUCCUGUCCCGAGAUCUGUUUGAAUACAGAAAGAAAAGCUCACACCAAGAAGACUGGACAUGGCUUCUACAUGGAAUCCCGGAAUCGUUUCCUCUUUUGUGAGAGUUGUGCGGACCUUGUGUAUGAUCAUGGUCUGGAAAGACUCUGCGGGCCUCAGGCUAAGUUUGAAUACGCUAAAGGUGCAUGGGUCACCGACGCAGCCUCCGAGGCUUAUGUCAAGAAUAACGCUUACAAGAACCCUUGCUCGCGCCGUGGUGCUCGAGGGGUUUGGAAUAUGGGACAAACAUGUUACCAAUCAGUAAUCCUUCAGGCUUUGCUGCAUGACCCAACCCUCAAUGCCUACUUCCUAGCAGGGGGUCAUGACAUCCACACAUGCGAACGGAGCUUUUGCAUGGCUUGCGCCGCAACUGAAGUGUUUAUGGAGUUUAAUAGCGGCGAAAAGACCGACGCCGUAUCAGCAGCCACCCUGCUUUAUCAUGGUUGGGAUGCGUCCCGGGACAUGGCUGGAUACCGCCAACAGGAUGCCCAUGAGUACUUCCAAUUUCUCGUGAAUGCACUCCAUGCAGCUACACCAGGACACUCGGAGAGUUACGGCACCAAAUGCCAGUGCUUUUUCCACCGCACCUUCUAUGGCGAGCUUCAAAGCAGCGUCAUGUGUCACAAAUGCGGCAAAACUACUCACACUUUUGACCCCAUGGCCGACCUGAGUCUCGACGUACAGCUCCAGAACAAGAAACGCAAGCUGGCGCCCCGAUCUAGCUCCACCCCUGCCACUUUGACUGGCUGCCUGGACAAUUUCACAGCGAUCGAAGACCUGUCUCCCGAUGCCUCUUACCACUGCGAGAAGUGCGGCAACACCCCUCAGCGAGCAUCCAAGCGGCUGCAGAUUCGCAAGCUGCCUUCCAUUCUUUGCAUGCAUCUCAAGCGAUAUGAGCACAACUCCUCGUCUUCGGAGAAGAUGCACGGCCACAUUGACUUUCCCAUCACACUCAACAUGCUACCCUACACAGUGAAAAAGGACAAAGAGCGUGUCGACACCUCCAAGUACAUCUAUGACUUGUCAACGGUUGUCGUUCACAAGGGCAGCAUGGAUUCAGGCCACUACUAUGCGUUCACCCGCGUAGCUGGCGACAAGUGGGUCUUGAUGGACGAUAACAAAGUUACCGUUGCAAGUGUGGCGGAUGUCUUGAAACAGGAUGCUUAUCUUCUGUUCUACGGGAUCCGGUCAAUUGGAUCUGAGAAGGCCUAG